AUGAAUCCUGAUGUUAUACCACGCCGAAUGCGAGCAGCUCAGAUCUCGGAAGUCAAGAGAGACGUGCCCGCCAUUCGUGAUCAUGAACUUCUCAUUAGAGUACACGCGGCCGGUUUCUGCCACUCAGACCUGCAAGUACUACAGGGGCAGUUCAGAUCGCCCCUAGGCAUGAUCCCAUCCCACGAGCCUGCUGGGGUGAUCGUGCAAGUCGGCAAGAGCUGCAGCGGCGAAUGGAAAAUCGGGGAUAGAGUCGGAGCACUAAACUAUCGGAACGCGUGUGGUGCAUGCAUCGGCUGUGGACUGACCAGGCGGACGAGUAAUCAACUGGACCCGAGGUUUUGCGACAAGCGCGAGACUGCAGGCUUCCACCACGACGGAGCCUUUGCCGAGUACCUCGCCAUAGAUCCCGAAACAACCAUCAGGCUGCCUCCUUCACUCUCGUUUGACCAAGCAGCGCCGCUGAUGUGCGCCGGAGCAACGGUUUGGGGGUCCUUGGAGAAGGCAACAGCCGGACUGGGCCCUGGGGAGCCCAUUGCCAUCGUCGGCAUCGGUGGCCUUGGCUUCCUGGGCUUACAGUUCGCGGCUGCGAUGGGCUUCUGUGCUAUCGCUGUCGACAGUCGCCCAGCUGGGAGGCAGCUGGCCCUUGAGAUGGCCAACAAGAGCUUACGGCCGGCGCUGGUCGUCGACUCAGGCGCGAAAGAUGCCACGUCGCAGAUUCUGGACUUCACCAACGGAGAGGGCGUCGCGGCUGCGGUGGUUUGUACGGACUCUCUAGAAGCAAACAAUUGGGCCUUGACCUUGUUGAGGACCGGGGGAGUGCUGGGUGUUCUGGGGUUGCCCGCCGAGAACUGGAGAUUCGAUUCGAGUCUUCUGGUCUUUAAGGAACUCACGAUCCGGGGAAGCUACGUUGCGAGCAAGGAUUCCGCGGAGAGGAUGAUGAAGGCCGUAGCAGGCGCUGAGAUUCAAUCUCACAUCACCCUCGUGCCUUUCGAUGGAGUGCCCGGGAUUCUGGGGGCAUAUCAGGACAGUGCCUUCAAGGGCAGAUUGGUUGUCCAGGUCUCAAAUUGA